UGGAUACCGGUACUAGUAACCGGUACUGGUAGAAGAGCUGUCCCACACCGUCGUUGCGCCAUUGCAGUUUGCCGUUGUUGCAUGAGGUUUCACCCGCAAUAGCUUUCGCAAUACAACUCCAAAGACCCAGAAGCCGUACAAAGAGAUCGGGCAAUCAUGUCUUCCACCAAUUUGGAGGAUACGAAACAGAGCGCAACAUCAGUAGCCGAUGCCAAGGCGGAAGCAGGGGCAGCAGCGGAUGCAAAGAUAGCGGAAUGUCAAACGAAUGAAGCAACAGGAACGACACAGAAUGUCCUCGGGAAAGAACAGCUCCUAGAGCUUGACCCGAACUUGUUCAACCUGUCAGAGGAAGAGAGAGAUCGCGCUUUGAAUAUCAAAGAGCUCGUUGAGGGCUUGCCCGACCUAAAUGGCUUAUCAGACCUGAUGUAUGCAAACCUGGCUGUUUUGGGAGAUGCGGAAUGGGCACUGGAAAGAGCCUACCAGAUGCAGGAAGUUAGGCAAGAGUACAAGAUUCGGCUGACCUAUCAAGAUGCCGUCCAAAGCAUAAAGGCUCUCAUGGAACUUUUGCCACUGACAUUUCUCUCUUAUUCCUUCAACCUCCAACAAGCUGAGUCCAUUAUGAUUGUGGAUCUCAUCAAAUUCCGGUUGACCCUUUGGAGAGACCCAAAAGGUUUUGAAACCAUGAUGCGGGGAUUAUUCUACCUUUCCUAUGCAACAAUCCCCAGUUUGGAGAUUGCAAGAAAAGGAAAGACAGACCUCUUUGAAUGUGAGGGAUUCAAACUUGGGUGUGGGAUGUUAGAUGUGAAAAUUUGUUCACAGAUAACCUGCCAGACUGUUGGAGCAUUCCCAGCGAAUGCCUACACAAAGUUUUAUCACACUCCCGUGAUGGCCAAUGUCGUGGUUUCCAUGACCAAAAAGCUUGUGCCAAAGGAAAUUGCGGAACAGUGGGAGUUUGGGUGCAGAUUUGCAGGCGGGAGGCUGGACAAGUUUUACUUGCAGCCGACCCCUGAAAUUGCCACCCAAAGAACCCUGGCAAACUUUUGUGAGGGCCUCAAAAUCAGAAUGGCAAGUGAACUUGUCUUUUCAUUAGACGAUGACUACGAAUAAUUACCAUCAAGGUAACUGCUAGCUAGUAGAGUAGCCAUAUCUUACUGUGUCU